CCGACCUAUAAAGCCCACACAGAAGGCACACGUAAGGAAUACUAGUGAAAAAUUCCAAUAAAAGAUUGUUUUUUGAAUCGAGAUGGCUUCAGAAGAUCAAGAAGAGGUAUACACUGAGGACGAGACCAACGAGGCCAUGUUCUUUAUCCGGGAGCACGAGCUGCCCAUGUCGGAGCUACGCUAUGCACUCAAGUAUGUCCGCAUACUACAUGGAAACUAUAAUGAAAGUGUAGGAGUGGAACCUCAGAAUCCAGUGGAUAUGGUGGAACCACCGGCUUUCGACUGGGAGGACAAGGAGAAUGCACCGGUACCACGGCUAUAAAGGUUUUAACUUGUUUUUAAUGUUUGCUUUUAAUUUGUGUUAAAUGCCUGAAGAGAAAGGGACUUUAAUGAGUAAAAUCCCAAAAAGGCA